UUUGUUUGUUCUAUGAUAUGUGAUAUGAGUUGUGUUAUGUUAAGUUACAAUACGAACGGUUGAAAUAAUUUCUUUAGUUUAAGUUUUCUGAUUUUAUCUUUAAACAAAUCAGCAUAGGAUUUUGAUUUGAUCAUGGGUACAGAAGCUGAAAAUAUUUCCAAGUAUUUAAAAACAAAAGAGAUUCAGCUACCCUCAAACAAUAAAUGGCUUUUAGAUUGCAUAAGCUGGUAUAAAUCCCACUCUGAAGUGAGGAACAUCUACCAUUCCCUUCAAGACUAUGUAUGUAUUCAGUGGCUAUUGUCUGAUCUGAAGGAUGUGCAACAGCGAUGUUUACCCACAAAUUGUAAGCAUUUGAACACAGAGCUGCCCGGAAGAUACUGUGUUCAGGUGAAUUGGGUCAGAGAUAUAAGCCAGCCAUGCUACACACAGCUUCAAGCUAUGAAAAACAACAAUAUUGAGGACAGCAAUGAGAACGUAUCUGCAGAGGAAACAAAAAAACAAAACUGGGAACCAAAUCCCAAGAGAGUACUGAUGAUGGAGAUAACAGACGGGUUCACAACACUCAAAGCCAUGGAGCAUUCGCCGAUAGCAAAGCUUGUAGAGCCCUUCAUACCUGGCUUUAAGGUGGUUUUAAUUGGACCCAUUGAAUGUAGAAAAGGUAUUCUCUUUCUGAAAAGUAACAAUAUCACUGUUCUUGGGGGCGAAGUUGACUAUAUGGGUGAUAUAAACUCAAAAGAGAGCAUCCUAUCUCGGUGUUUGAAUAUAACACCCUCAGAGAGUAACAACAGCUCAGGGAGUAACAGUAAUCGUCCUGCGGUUUCUCUCCCUCCACCCCCUCCUCCAACUUUCGACAACAGACCUCAACUUGAGCCAAUGAUGAAUGAUGUAGACCAGCUACCAGAUUCAACGUCAUUUAUUGACAGCAACAAUCAUCAAGAUAACCAAGACCAUUAUGUUGCUCUGAUGGAAGAUGACAAUGACUUGUUUUGUCAGUUGCCAGACACGAUGUUUAAUGACAAUUUCAAUCAACCGGUGAACCAAUUGUCUCCAGUUUUAGACCACAACUCCCCAGAAAUAGUUCAUAGUUCUGUGGAAAACAUUCCAGAAGAAACGCGUCUAUCACCUAUUAGACCUAAAAAUCACAAUAGACCAAAACUAUUUCCUUCUAUGGAAGAUUUAAGGCCGGAGAGAGAAUCUUCUUUGUCAACAACAUUGAAUAAGAACUUGAAUAACCGUUCCGAAUCAUCCUCAAGUACUGGUGUAAGAGUGUCUAACACAAACACUUUAAAUAGACAAGCUGCUUAUGAAUCGAACAAAGAGCUCAGUGUAUCACCGAGUAGUGCAAAAAGUGAAAAUAAAUCUGGACUCCAGAAUAGACCUGCGGAAAUUCCUCAAAAUCAUAAAAAUCUCAAUGAUUCCAUUUCAGAUCAAAUUGAUGACAUGUUGAAUAAAACUGGUGAAGUCGUGUAUCCUCAGUUCAAGAAAACUAAAGUUAAAGUACUAAGUAUUACUAAAGUCAAAAUUAAAAACAGUGAAUGGAUAUGUUGUGCUUCAGUAAGGAUUGAAGAUGAACCUCAUGAUGUAACUUUUAGUAACAAGGCUCUAGAGAAGUUUUUUGGAACAUCAGCAGCUGAGGUGGAAGGUUUACGUAGUGAAAUGAGUAAAAACCCAUCUUUGAAAGAAAAAAUCAACUAUAUUUUGAAAACCGGUCAAACCAAAUUGAAACUUCUCAACUGUCUGAUGGUUGUGGAAUACUCAAGCGAAGGAUGCAUCCCAAAUAUUGUCUCCAUACAUGAAGAAUGAUAACAUUAUUACCUGCUGAAAGAAGAAAUCUACUAGUCCAUUCCGUUCCGACCAAAGUGUAUAUUAAUUUAAUAAAGCGAUUUUCACCAAAAUCAA